AUGCCAUACCAUCACGCCAUCUCUGCCUGCCAUGCAUGCCAUACCAUCACGCCAUCUCUGCCUGCCAUGCAUGCCAUACCAUCACGCCAUCUCUGCCUGCCAUGCAUGCCAUACCAUCACGCCAUCUCUGCCUGCCAUGCCAUACCAUCACGCCAUCUCUGCCUGCCAUGCAUGCCAUACCAUCACGCCAUCUCUGCCUGCCAUGCAUGCCAUACCAUCACGCCAUCUCUGCCUGCCAUGCCAUACCAUCACGCCAUCUCUGCCUGCCAUGCAUGCCAUACCAUCACGCCAUCUCUGCCUGCCAUGCAUGCCAUACCAUCACGCCAUCUCUGCCUGCCAUGCAUGCCAUACCAUCACGCCAUCUCUGCCUGCCAUGCAUGCCAUACCAUCACGCCAUCUCUGCCUGCCAUGCAUGCCAUACCAUCAUGCCAUCUCUGCCUGCCAUGCCAUACCAUCACGCCAUCUCUGCCUGCCAUGCAUGCCAUACCAUCACGCCAUCUCUGCCUGCCAUGCCAUACCAUCACGCCAUCUCUGCCUGCCAUGCCAUACCAUCACGCCAUCUCUCCUCCACCCCUCACCUCCUCAACCAACCGUGCACAGGAGCAGGCACAGGAGCAGUUGUCGCAGAGUGCUGCGCAUGGGGCCUUGGGGGCAUGGGGCCUUGGGGGCAUGGGGCCUUGGGGGCAUGGGGUGCUGGCGAGGCAUGGGGUGCUGGCGAGGCAUGGGGUGCUGGCGAGGCAUGGGGUGCUGGCGAGGCAUGGGGUGCUGGCGAGGCAUGGGGUGCUGGCGGGGCAUGGGGUGCUGGCGAGGCAUGGGGUGCUGGCGGGGCAUGGGGUGCUGGCGGGGCAUGGGGUGCUGGCGGGGCAUGGGGUGCUGGCGAGGCAUGGGGUGCUGGCGAGGCAGGGGGCAGUGGGAGGAGGAAUAAGAGGGAUAACAGCAGCAGCAACAGCUUCAGCAGGAGGGGGCGGGGGAGGAGGGGCAAGGGAGAAGCCACCUCCCAUCCCACCCCCCCUGCUCCCACCCCCCCUGCUCCCACCCCCCCUGCUCCCACCCCCCCUGCUCCCACCCCCCCUGCUCCCACCCCCCCUGCUCCCACCCCCCCUGCUCCCACCCCCCCUGCUCUCACCCCCCCUGCUCCCACCCCUCCUGCUCUCACCCCCCCUGCUCUCACCCCCCCUGCUCUCACCCCCCCUGCUCUCACCCCCCCUGCUCUCACCCCCCCUGCUCUCACCCCCCCUGCUCUCACCCCCCCUGCUCUCACCCCCCCUGCUCUCACCCCCCCUGCUCUCACCCCCCCUGCUCUCACCCCCCCUGCUCUCACCCCCCCUGCUCUCACCCCCCCUGCUCUUACCCCCCCCUGCUCUCACCCCCCCUGCUCUCACCACCCCUGCUCUCACCCCCCCUGCUCUCACCCCCCCUGCUCUCACCCCCCCUGCUCUCACCCCCCCUGCUCUCACCCCCUCUGCUCUCAUCCCCCCUGCUCUCACCCCCCCUGCUCUCACCCCCCCUGCUCUCACCCCCCCUCGGCGGGUGCGGCGGGCAGCAGCAGAGCGUUGCGGGGAGACAUGGCCGCCCCCACUGACGCGCCCCGGGGGAUGGGCACGGCGGUCGUAUGCUGGGGUGGAGGGUGGGGUGCAUGUUCACAAACACAUGCGUUGCCGCCCACUCGCCACGUGGCGCGCACACACCAUGAUGCCCCACCUCUCCACGUCACUCUCCCCACACCUGGCGCUGCCAUGCUGGCAGGUGGCUGGCAGCGCGGCGGCUGAGCCCCCAGCCAGUGAGGCCCACCUCGCGCUCCCUUCGCGCUCCCCUCCGCCCCACCUGGCCCUCCCCUCGUCCCAACUCGCGCUCCCCUCGUCCCAACUCGCCCUCCCCUCGUCCCACCCCGCCCUGUCAUCGACCCAAGUCGCCCUCCCCUCGCCCCCUCCCACCAUCAUAGUCCCCACCUCAUUUUCACGUAAAUUGUGCUGCGCUGCGCUGUUAUAA